AUGAGUGAUAAAGAUAAUUCUAUUAACUACAUUAAUAAUAAUAAUAAUAAUAAUAAUAGCACUGGUGAUUUAUCAAGGAAAAAUUCAUUAGCAUCUAAAUUAGGCAAAUUAUUUACUUCAAAUAACAACAACACCAAUAACCAUGAUAAUAUAACAUCGGGAGUAUUACCAAAAACAGGGUUAGAAAAAGGUUCCUCUGUUUCAACUCAGGCCAAUUCCCAAGGUUUGUCCACAUCAUCGCCAACCAUAUCAACAUACAGGUCUCAAUCUCCACUUUCAUCAACUAAUUCAUCGUCAAGUUCUACAUCUUCUAAUGUUUCCAAUAUUCACAAUAACAACAACACAAAUGCCAAUAUAUUACAGCAAAAUUAUUCAAAUGCACGGUUUAUCUACAAUACAGAAGAUGGCACCCACAUUCACAUCUUGAAAAAUAAUAAGCGACAAGAAAAAUUAACUUCAAUGAUUAAAAAUUUUCUAGGUGCUCAAAAAUUAAGGGAUGAGGCUAGAUCUGCAGUACCAGACAUUCUACUAAGUAAUACGCCCAAUAACGGCAAUGGCAGUACUGCGCCACCUACUUUAUUUUCUGGUCUAAUGACAGAUUAUCAUGGAAAUAAAAACUUUAUCAGUGGUGCUACUAAACAAGGUGUCAAGAAUCUAUUUAAGGAAAAUCAUAGAACUCCUGAACAGCAACCUCCGCCAUUACCAAAUACCCAAUGUUUUGGAGAAAAGUAUGGGAAAUGCCAAGAAGUCAUAGGUAAAGGUGCAUUUGGUACCGUUAGAAUAUGUCAUGCACCAAAUACACCACAGAAAAAUAAUAAUAGUAAUAAUAGCAAUGGUAACACUAGUAGCACAAUUUCUAAUACAAAGAAAAACAACGCAUCAGGCGAAAAAUUGUACGCUGUCAAAGAAUUUAUCAAAAGAAAUAACGAAAGUUUUGAAAAGUACUCCAAAAGAUUAACGUCAGAAUUUUGUAUUUCAUCCUCAUUAAAACACAAAAAUAUUAUAGCCACGUUGGAUUUAUUUCAAGAUGCCAAGGGUGAUUUCUGUCAAGUUAUGGAAUAUUGUGCCGGUGGUGAUUUAUUCACUUUGAUUAUUGCAUCUGGUAAAUUAGAUUUUAUUGAAGCGGAUUGUUUCCUUAAACAACUAUUAAGAGGUGUUUGUUAUAUGCAUAAAAUGGGAGUUUGCCAUAGGGAUUUGAAACCCGAGAAUUUAUUAUUGACGACCAACGGUCUUUUAAAGAUUACUGAUUUUGGUAAUAGUGAAUGUUUUAGAAUGGCUUGGGAAGACGAGGUCCAUUUAAGUGGCGGCGUUUGUGGAUCAACCCCAUAUAUUGCACCUGAAGAAUAUGUGUUAAAGGAAUUUGAUCCAAGACCUGUGGAUAUUUGGGCUUGUGGUGUUAUAUAUAUGGCGAUGCGAACAGGUAGACAAUUGUGGAGAACUGCCACUAAGAACGAUGAGUUUUACGUUAAAUAUCUAAAGAGAAGAAAGGAUAAAGAUGGCUAUGAACCUAUUGAGAAAUUGAAGAGACUAAGAUGUAGAAAUGUUAUUUAUUCUAUUUUGGAUCCUGUGCCAAGUAGAAGAUUGACUGGGAAACAAGUUUUAAAUAGUGAAUGGGUUAGGGAGAUUAAAUGUUGCACUGAUAAUCCUGGAAUUACUAAUAUAAAUCGUACCGCAUCUACUACCACCAAAGGUUCAAGGGGGAAAGAAAACAAAUGA